UCUUGGAUAUUUAAUGCCGGUUUUUGCCGUGUGAUUUUACAGUGUAAACGUCAAGUUUGAGUUUUGUGUUAUUGUGCCUAGCGUAUUUGAAUAUACUUAUCAAAAGUACAAUUACGAUGUUCCCGCAAAGUUCACAGAGAAGGUAUUGGAUAUUUAGCGAUGAAAAUGACUUAACAGCAUUAAGAGAAAAAACCAAUGCAGAAUUUAUCCAAAGGCAUGGUGCGAAUAUGAAGCCAGAGCAGAGAGAAGAACAUUUUCUAUCCCACACAGAGGAACGUACAUUACUUCGUUUCUAUGAAUUACAAUUGAGAGACUUCUGUCGUCGCUUCACACCUUCAAUGCCACGUGCCACUGUAGCUACUGCGUUGCAUUAUUUCAAACGAUUUUACCUUAGAAACAGUGUUAUGGAUUAUCAUCCCAAAGAGAUUUUAGUCACUUGUGUUUACUUGGCUUGUAAAGUAGAAGAAUUUAAUGUAUCCAUAUGUCAGUUUGUUGCUAAUAUUAAAGGAGAUAGAGAAAAGGCAUCUGAUAUUAUACUUAAUAAUGAAUUGCUCCUUAUGCAGCAACUAAAUUAUAACUUAACAGUGCACAAUCCAUUCAGACCUGUAGAGGGAUUAAUGAUAGAUAUCAAGACGAGGUAUACAUCUUUGGAAAAUCCAGAACGGUUGAGGCCAUAUAUCGAUGAAUUUUUAGAAAGGGUAUUUUUGACUGAUAGUGUUUUACUAUAUACACCAAGCCAAGUUGCAUUGGCUGCAACAUUACAUGCUGCAUCUAGAGCCUCUGCUAAUUUAGAUAAUUAUGUAACUGAUAUUUUGUUCUCUCAAGAACAUUUAGUAUGUAUAAUAGAAGCAGUAAGAAAAAUAAGAUCUAUGGCUAAAUGUGUAGAACCUCCUUCAAGAGAAGUGGUAAGAGCUUUGGAAAAGAAAUUGGAAAAAUGUAGAAAUCAGGAAAAUAAUCCUGACAGUGAAAUUUAUAAGCAGAGAAUGCAAGAAAUGUUAGAUGAGGAAGAUUUACAAGACAAUGAAAAAUAUGCUAAAAUUAUACAAGAUCAAGCAGCUCAUGAUGAGAAAAUCUUAGGUGUCAGCAAAGUUUUGUCUCCUUCGGCUCUAUAAUAAGGCAAUUUCUGACAUUGCAUUGAUAUCAUC